CUGCAGCCCGCGCUCCACGGACAGCCGUGAAAUAUGACACGGACCGGAGCCGCGGAAGCAGCCGAACGCGUCGGGACUCAUCUGGCCUCACCCGGUGACGGGGAGCAUGAAGCGGCCGAGUCACGACCCCACAGAACCUGAAGGGACCCGGAGCGGAGCGGAACCAGGAGUCGGAGCGGCAGGUGAUGCGUUCAUGGACCUGCGCUGAUCGACGCCGGACAACUCUCCCAGAGAACACAGGUCUGCCGUUGUGUGGCCCCACCCCGUCUGAAAGUCCUCCAGCAUGACGGUCGCGAGCGCCGACCCCACAGACGAGGCGGCGGCGCACCCGGGUCAGCCCCACGACCUGUACGACGUGGAGCCGGACCACGAGUGCUGCGAGCGCGUGGUCAUCAACAUCUCCGGGCUGCGCUUCGAGACCCAGCUCAAGACGCUCUCGCAGUUCCCGGACACGCUGCUGGGGGACCCCAAGAAGCGCAUGAGGUACUUUGACCCGCUCCGCAAUGAGUACUUCUUCGACCGGAACCGGCCUAGUUUCGAUGCCAUUCUUUACUACUACCAAUCCGGGGGGAGGCUUCGCCGGCCAGUCAACGUCACCCUGGACAUCUUCUCCGAGGAGAUCCGCUUCUACGAGCUGGGCGAGGAGGCCAUGGAAAUAUUCCGGGAGGACGAGGGCUUCAUCAAGGAGGAGGAGCGGCCUCUGCCGGAGAACGAGUUCCAGAGGCAGGUGUGGCUGCUGUUUGAGUACCCGGAGAGCUCGGGCCCCGCCCGCAUCAUCGCCAUCAUCUCCGUCAUGGUGAUCCUCAUCUCCAUCGUCAGCUUCUGCCUGGAGACGCUGCCCGUCUUCCACGGCACUGACGAAGAGAUGUUCAACUAUCCGUACAAGGCCAUGUCCAACCACACGGUGACCUACGACAGCUCCAAGUAUCUCACAGACCCCUUCUUCAUCGUGGAGACGCUCUGCAUCAUCUGGUUCUCCUUUGAGUUCCUGGUGCGCUUCUUCGCCUGCCCCAGCAAGGCCGGCUUCUUCGGGAACAUCAUGAACAUCAUUGACAUCGUGGCCAUCAUCCCCUACUUCAUCACGCUGGGCACCGAGCUGGCGGAGCGGCCGGAGGACAGCCAGGCGGGCCAGCAGGCCAUGUCCCUGGCCAUCCUGCGGGUCAUCAGACUGGUGCGAGUCUUUCGCAUUUUCAAACUCUCGCGUCACUCCAAGGGGCUCCAGAUUCUGGGGCAGACCUUGAAGGCCAGCAUGAGGGAGCUGGGCCUGCUCAUCUUCUUCCUCUUCAUCGGCGUCAUCCUCUUCUCCAGCGCCGUCUACUUCGCUGAGGCAGACGAGCCUCACUCCCAGUUCAGCAGCAUUCCCGAGGCCUUCUGGUGGGCGGUGGUUUCCAUGACCACAGUCGGCUACGGGGACAUGGUCCCGACCACCAUCGGCGGGAAGAUCGUGGGCUCUCUGUGCGCCAUCGCCGGCGUGCUGACUAUCGCCCUCCCGGUGCCCGUCAUCGUCUCCAACUUCAACUACUUCUACCACCGCGAGACGGAGGGGGAGGAGCAGGCGCAGUACUUGAACAUCCCCAGCGUGCCUAAAGCUAGCUCGGCGGACGAGCUGAAGAAGAGCGGUCUGACCGGCAGCGGAUCCACGCUCAGCAAGUCCGACUACGUUGAGAUCCAGGAGGCCGUGAACCACAGCAGCGAGGACUUCAGACCUGAAGCCAUGAAAACAGGAAACUGCACCCUGGCCAACACCAACUACGUGAACAUCACCAAGAUGCGUACGGAUGUGUGACCUUAGCCCAGGGAGCGAGGGCCCCAGGGUGGCGGCUGCAGAACUCCAGUCCACAGGGUCUUAAAGUCGCAGCAGAGACCUGCCUUCCGCCUUGUAUCGUCUGCAUGGAGUUAGUCUUUAUGUGAUAGCAGUAGCCAAAUCGUAGCCAAGCAGUAUAGCAGAGCUCCGACACGCUCAACGCUCCGACUGCCACCGUUUGUAACCCAGCUCUCUCUCUCUUGUCGGACCCAAACGGGCCGCGCCGGUCAGCAGGCGUGAGAAUCUGCUGCGCCAACUGCCAAGGCCCUGACUCAGAGAAAAGCAAGUUCACAGCCAUCUGGUCACAGUUGUGUGCAGCAGCAGGAGGAGGAGGAGGGAGAAUGUGUCACGACUGUGGACUGGACUCGCAACAGCAGCACUUGUCCCGAGGGACACCCACUGUCCACCACACCUGGAGCCGCAGUCGGCCUCAACAGGGUCCGACGAAUGUGAGCCAAUCUUUCUCAACAGUUUGGUUCUCAGCGGACUCGCAGGAACGGUGGCGUCUCCAGUGCCUCUUUGUUUGUACACCUUCAAGUGUCUGUGUAGCUUCUACUUUGGUCCACGAACCACAAGUUUGAAACCACUGCCCAAGAACCACGUGGCUUAAGUACUGACUUCACAGCAUUCCACCUCAGUCCGGCGGUUGGACGUGAGUUUUACCGGGCGUCCGUUUUGUUUUUUUGGCUGAAGCUUUGACACACUUUAGGGAAGUGGACUCUAUGGUGCGGUUGAAAGUGAGCCACGCUGUUCAGUCCUCCGGAGACCAAGGACAGAAAAGUCUCCAGUUAAAACAUCUGAAAAUAUUCUGAGGUUGAUUCCCGAAUGAUGUUGAACGCCUUUCCAGAGUCGGCAGGUUUGUCACGAAGACGUUGAAACUGUGCCAGUUUCUGUCCAGGCUGCAGCCAAACACAAUAAAACCUCGUGUUUUGGAAAAGUAAAAUCCUGCUGGACGAUCAAAUAAACGCCGCCCCCUCCAGCGUCAACACAACCUUUGCAAGGCCAUAUUUAUAGAAAUUCAUGUAAAAAAAAAAAUGUAGUUCUUGAUCUCUCUGAUGAAAAACAUCUAUUUCAGAGGCUCACCAUCGCUUUCCUUCACCCGAUUACCAAAGAAGACCAUUUUCAAAAAAGCAGAAUAACUUUCAUCCGCUGCUAACAUGAGCUUCCGCUAUCGUUGCGCUGCAUGUGUGCCAAGUGUGGGCUGUAGCAUGAGCUAGCAAGGCUGAUACGCUUGACUCUAUUCUAACCUGCGUGCCAUAUAUUGUUGUAAUCGCACUCAAUAUCCUGCUCCUGUGGAAACAUUCCAAGUGGAAGCCAUAGUUCCAUGACAAAGCAUGCUGGCAAUACAAGUUUAAACGCUGCAGGUGGGGUCUUUUUUUGUCUCGACGGCCGUAGCUGAUGUGAAACUUCCGGUAAAACCUGUGCUCAUAACCCCUGGAACACUGAGUAGCUCGAGUCAGCAACAGUAGCGGACGCUCACCGCUUCCGAGCCCCACACUUAUUCCAAGUGAUGGCUGCAGUCCAGCCAGCACAGGACUGGGGUCACCGCUUGGAGGCGAGCACCAGGCCCUGACCCACUUUGAAAGUUUUCACCGAGUCAGCGUUUCCUGCCAGGGAGGGAGGAGAGAACCCGCGACAGGUCCGGUCUCAGUCCGGCUCCCACCGCGGACACGACAACAGUAUGACUCAACGCUCAGCCGAGUCCCUGUCACGACUCCAGCCGUAUCCAUCAGGGGUCAAAGCGACUGUGGCCAAGUCCACUAUGUAUCCUCGCGCUGCUUUCAAUCGUGUCUUAACCGCUUCACCGCUCGCUUGUUGCCUUCAUCGCAGUUUUUAUACGCCAAGGACGACACGUGAGGACUGUGUCUGUGAGGUCACACACCCGCGACCGUGCCUGUCACGCACAGACCGCUGUGGAAAAAAUGACUUUUUUGGAGGUGUCACAGCCUGGUGGUCAUAAUGUUUUGGCUUUUCACUAUGAUGGAGUGUCCUCGUGCUGAUCACCAUCGGUGCAGUCAGAACACAACACAUUCCGGUUCCUGCUGCAUUAACAAACAUUCUAUUUAUUCCCCACCACUACGUUUUAAUAUUGUUUAAUUCCA